AAGAAAGAGGGGAACCUUGGUGGUGGACUGGCUGGUACUCACACACCCGCCUUCAUACCCCGACAAAAGCAGAUGCACUUUUACUUCUGACAGCUCUACCUCAAGCCGGAGAGAACUCAGCGGCGCAUUCCGCGCAAUCCGAGCUAACGGUGUCUUCCUCUUCUUCUCCGUCCGUUUUAUUUAUUUCUGUUCCCGCCGCCAUUCUCGGUGACCUUCAUUGCUUCGCGGGCUCUGGGCAGAAGAGUCGCUUUCUCGCCUGCCUGAGGCUCCUUUUCCUCACCCUGGGAGCCAAGGUGGCGUUGCUCCGCCCCGAGGCCCAGGGACUUCCCAGCUGCACCCUUCACCCAGGCACCCCGCGCCCUGCCUCAGCCUUCUUUCCCCCCUUUUGAUUUCUUGGUGCGGGUUUUGGCUUGCAAGGCCCAGUGUGCCUCCUCUUUUUGGAGGGGCUGGGGAGCUGGUGCCGGUCGUCUUCGGGAAUCAUUCCCUUGGCUCUACUUGUCCCUGUCUCUCCGGGCCUCACCCGACCAAAACCAAAGACCAUGGUGCACUGUGCCGGCUGCAAAAGGCCCAUCCUGGACCGCUUCCUCUUGAACGUGCUGGACAGGGCCUGGCAUGUCAAGUGCGUCCAGUGCUGUGAAUGUAAAUGCAACCUGACCGAGAAGUGCUUCUCCCGGGAAGGCAAGCUCUACUGUAAGAACGACUUCUUCCGAUGUUUUGGUACAAAAUGCGCGGGCUGCGCGCAGGGCAUCUCCCCUAGCGACCUGGUGCGGAGGGCGCGAAGCAAAGUGUUUCACUUGAACUGCUUUACCUGCAUGAUGUGUAACAAGCAGCUUUCCACCGGUGAGGAGCUCUACAUCAUAGAUGAAAACAAGUUCGUCUGCAAAGAGGAUUACCUAAGUAACAGCAGUGUCGCCAAAGAGAACAGCCUCCACUCUGCAACCACGGGCAGUGACCCCAGUUUGUCUCCAGAUUCCCAAGACCCAUCGCAGGACGAUGCCAAGGACUCGGAGAGUGCAAAUGUGUCUGACAAGGAAGGGGGCAGCAAUGAAAAUGAUGACCAGAACUUGGGCGCCAAGCGGCGGGGGCCUCGCACCACCAUCAAAGCCAAGCAGCUGGAGACACUGAAGGCUGCUUUCGCAGCUACACCCAAGCCCACUCGGCACAUCCGGGAGCAGCUGGCGCAAGAGACCGGUCUCAACAUGCGCGUCAUCCAGGUGUGGUUCCAGAACCGGCGCUCCAAGGAACGGAGAAUGAAGCAGCUGAGUGCGCUGGGUGCCCGGCGCCACGCCUUCUUCCGCAGUCCGCGCCGGAUGAGGCCGCUCGUGGACCGCCUGGAGCCUGGCGAGCUCAUCCCUAACGGCCCCUUCUCCUUCUAUGGAGGUGGGUGCGCUUGGCGGGGCGCGCGGCCAGAUUACCAGAGCGAGUACUACGGCCCCGGCAGCAACUACGACUUCUUCCCGCAAGGCCCGCCGUCCUCGCAGGCCCAGACACCCGUGGACCUUCCCUUCGUGCCGUCGUCCGGGCCCUCCGGGACGCCCCUGGGCGGCCUGGAGCACCCGCUGCCCGGCCACCACCCAUCCAGCGAGGCGCAGCGGUUCACCGACAUCCUGGCGCACCCCCCAGGGGACUCUCCCAGCCCCGAGCCCAGCCUGCCCGGGCCUCUGCACUCCAUGUCGGCUGAGGUCUUCGGGCCGAGCCCGCCCUUCUCUUCGCUGUCGGUAAACGGCGGGGCGAGCUACGGGAACCACCUGUCCCAUCCCCCCGAAAUGAACGAGGCGGCCGUGUGGUAGCGGGGUCCCGCACGGUCCGCGGUGUUCGUGAUUGUACAGAAAUGAACUUUUAUUUAAGAAAGAAGGGGAAAAAAAAACAAGCGGGCCUCCUGCCCCACUUCCUCCAGCCUCGGGGACCGUUCGCGGUCUGGGAAACCGGACGUGAAAGGGGACACAAAGUAGGAUCCAAAUCCGCCUCGAGGUCGGACUGGGAUCUACACCCUGGCUGGCGAGGUGCAGAACUGGGGUUCGCGAAGGGGAAAUACAGAGCUUUCCCCACCUCCCACCUGGACCCCGAUCGUUGGACAGACCCCGCGGACCUGUGCGCCCAACGGCGGGCGGCAGAAUGACCUUGAGACAGCCGCGGGCGAGCGCGCA